AUGACAUGCAAUCCAACAAAAUGCAAGGAGAUUAUUUUCCGUAAGAAAGGUUUCAAUCAGGACAUCGCGCCAGUUAAGUAUAUACCCCAGUGUGCAGAGUUAUCCAUAUUACGUAUUACUUUCCAACAAAAUUGUAAAUACAGUAGUCACGUGCGCGCGAAGGUAAUUAAGGCGAACAAGUCAUUAUUCAUAUUAGGAUCUUUACGUAAGGAAGGAAUGUCCCAGAAGGAAGUAGAUCAUCUUUUUAAUGCUAUAGCUUUACCAAAUUUUGUUUUUGCCCGGCCGGUUUAUGGAGCCUCAGACUCCGACCUUUCUAUAAUACAGAAUUUUUUGGACCGGUGUUUGAAAAGGAAGUUUAUGUCCAAGAAUGUAGAUAUCAGGGAUUUGCUAGAGAAGGCGGACAAGGCACUCUACAAAAAAAGAUCGAAUGACCCCGAAUGCCCGUUUUUCCACUGUUUUCCUAAGGAAAAGAACAUGAGGUACAAUCUUAGAAAUACGUCAGUCUCUGUCCCAAGAGUCCACACUGAAAGGUUUAAGAAAGUUUUUAGUGAUAGGAUAAUUUUUAAAUAUGACAUGUAAUAGUUUCCCUUAUGAGUUUAUGUUGUAACUUAGGAUAUGUGAUUUUAUCUUAAGAAAUAAAGAUUAUGUUAUGUUAAGUCUAUUGAGGAAGACACAAAAGGUGUCGUCAACAUAACGCCUAUAAAGUAGGCGAGUCGAAUGGUUAGAAUUAUUUAGCCAUGUUUCCUCGUGGAAACCAAGAAAAAGAUUAGCUAUGAUGGGUGCUAACGGAGAACCCAUCGCAACCCCAUCAACUUGAUCAUAAAAAUUUCCAUUAAAACGGAAAAUGAGUCUCAGCUGUAGCAAAUAAAAACAGUUUCUUAAGGUCGGAUUUUUUGAUCGAAAAUUUAGGGUUAUGCUUGAAAAUAAGAUCAACAGCAAUAUCCAUAGUUUCAUUUAACGGAAUAUUGGUAAAAAGACUUUCAACAUCAAAGGAAAUGAGAAAGUUUUUGUUGAGAUCGAAACUCCUGAGCUCUUCAACAAAAGAGAAUGAAUCUGACCGAAUACUUACUAGGUAAAAGUGGAGCAAGAAUAGAACUUAAAUACUUGGCUAAAUUAUAAUUAUAAGCUCCAAUAGAAGAUACAAUAGGUCUAAGAGGUGGUUGAUUGUGAAUUUCACGUUUCCUAUGUAAUUUGGGAAGGCCAUAAAAUUUUGCUGCUUGUGAACCCUUAGGAAAAAUCUUAGUAUAGGUAUCAUUAUCAAUAGAAUGCUUUUUCUCAAGUAAACUAAUGAAACGCUUAAGUCUGCCUUCUCUUAAUUAAGUGGGAUCUUUGUCAAGUAGUUUGAAUUUAGAUUUAUCAUUAAGUACAUUUUCAUCUA